AUGAUUACAGGGAAGGAGAGCGCCGGUGCACGGCGUGUGGCCAAUUGGGUGGCGGUGGCGUCGGUGGUGGUGGUGGUGGUGGUGGUGGUGGUGGUGGUGGUGGUGGUGGCGCCGGGCGGGUGCAGCGAGGGCGCCAGCGCUCCGGUGACCUACAUCGGCGACGUUAAUCGUAUCACGAGGCAGGAAGGCGAAGUGGAGUGCUGGCGUGGCGUGCCCCACGGCCGUACCACUCUUGUAAUUAAGUUUGAGCCCUUCGAGGUAAUACAUUUCGAGGUAAAGUACUCUAUGUUAGCACUG